AUGUGGAUAAAAGCGACACACAUUCCCACGCUCUUUUAUAUACACAGUGUACCUAUCGCGAAGACUACGAUGGCAGCGUCGUCGUUAGUAUCAUCCGCGGGAAUCCUUCCCUCUUCGAGGAGGAGAACGACGCAUUUCGUCGAUCAAAAGACGAGGAGAAGACGAACACCAAUAGCAAACGCAGCGUCGGAUGGCGAGGCAGGUCUUCUGACGAAACCGUCGGACGUUUCCCCGGAAACCGAAGAGAUGAAACAAUUUCUGGACUCGUUAAAGUACGAUUCGAACGGGUUAGUCACCGCAAUCGCCCAAGACGUCGAUACCGGGGCGAUUUUGAUGCAAGGCUUCGCCAGUCGCUUGGCGAUUGCGUACACGUUACAACACAAAAAAGCGUGCUUUUUCUCUCGUUCGAGACAACAGUUAUGGUGCAAAGGCGAGAGUUCCUCGAAUUUUAUCAACGUCGACUCAGUGCACGUGGAUUGCGACAAGGAUUCCUUGAUUUAUUUAGGCGUACCGACGGGACCGACGUGUCACACGGGGGCGCACACGUGUUAUUACAAAAGGGUGGACGGCGCAGACGGUUUGAUUUUAGGCGCGGCGAAGGACGGGAGGCACAAAGCGGAGGAAGCGCUGACGACUUUAUACGAGUUAGAGGCGACGAUUGCGGAGAGGAAACGAGAGGUGAUAAAGGAAGGGGCGAAACCGAGUUGGACGAGACGGUUGUUGGAAGAUCCGGAGUUGCUGUGCUCGAAAAUUAGAGAAGAAGCGGGCGAGUUGUGCGAGACGUACGAGAAGGACGAAGGGAAGGAGAGAGCGGCGAGCGAGUGCGCGGACGUGUUGUAUCACGCGAUGGUGUUGCUGAACGUGCAAGGCGUGGAAAUCGCGGACGUGAUGGAAGUGUUGAGGAAUAGGUUUGGCGUGAGUGGAGUGGAAGAGAAGGCGAAGAGGACGCCGAAAUCAAAGUUAAUCGAUCCUUCGAAGGAAUAG